AUGGCAGCACCACAAGGAGGUUUCCCUCCCCAGGAGGGGUAUGGCCAGCCUGCCUACGGCUCCCCAGAACCCACACAGUCCCCGAUCCCUGGACAAGGUGCGCCCGCACCAGCCGCAGCUGGCGGGAAAAAGAAGAGAGCGUACGCUGGUGAAGCCUUUGACUUUGGAUCUGGUGCCAAUGCCGCGCUCGGUGGACAACCCACCGCUGGAGGUGCCUACGGGGCUUUCCCGCCACAGCCCCAAGCUGCCGGAUAUCAACAACCCACCUACGGUGCGGACCCCAGCCAGAUGCAGCCCGCAGCACCCUCAUACGGCGCCCCUGCUGCCGCCGAUGUCACGCAGAUGACCCAGCAAUUCGGCGGAAUGGGCAUGAGUGAGCCGCACCACAUGCCCGCCCCGCAGCCUGUGGCCCAAGCCCCUAUGCGACCCCAAGUUCAACUCAACCAGCUUUACCCCACCGACCUUCGAUCUCAACCUUUCAACGUCGCUGAGCUGGACUACCCUCCUCCUCCAGUUAUCUUGCCUCCGGGAACUAGUGUGUACCCUUCGCCCGAAGCCAAUUGCCCUACCAAAUAUAUGCGGUCGACGCUUAACGCCGUUCCCACAACCAACGCACUCCUCAAGAAGUCAAAGUUGCCCUUCGCCCUUGUCAUCCAACCGUAUGCUGCUCUCCACGACGCCGAGGACCCGAUCCCUGUGAUUCCCGACCAAGUCAUCUCCCGAUGCCGACGGUGCCGCUCCUACAUCAACCCCUUCGUUACCUUCCUCGAUCAUGGCCACCGCUGGCGUUGUAACAUGUGUAACCUGACAAACGAUGUGCCCCAGGCGUUCGAUUGGGAUUCUACGCUGCAGAAGCCGACCGAUCGUUCGUUGCGUGCCGAUUUGAACCACAGCAUGGUAGAGUUCGUUGCGCCGCAGGAAUACAUGGUUCGACCACCUCAGCCUUUGGUCUACCUUUUCUUGAUCGACGUGAGCUACUCAUCAGUGACCAACGGCCUGUUGGCCACCACCGCUCGCACAAUCAAGGAGAGCCUCGAUCGUAUCCCGAACGCAGACCGACGCACUCGCCUCGGCUUUAUUGCAGUGGACUCGAGCUUACACUACUUCAGCAUUCCAAGGGAUCAGUCAGGGUCUUCAGACCCCCGAAUGUUGGUUGUCAGUGAUCUGGAUGAGCCUUUCCUCCCCAUCCCUGGCGAUCUCCUGGUGACAAUGAGUGAAUGUCGGGAGAACGUUGAGGUCUUCCUUGACAAGCUGCAGGAGAUGUUCCAGAACACCCAGAACAACAGCUGUGCCAUGGGCUCGGCAUUGCGCGCUGGUUACAAGUUGAUCUCCCCCGUCGGUGGAAAGAUGACCGUCCUCAGCUCCUCGCUACCUAACAUUGGUCACGGAGCGCUUACUAUGAGAGAAGACAAGAAGGUGCUGGGCACGAGUAAGGAAUCGAGUCUCCUGCAAACUGCAAACUCCUUCUAUAAGAGCUUUGCAGUCGAGUGCUCAAAAUCACAAGUUUCUGUGGAUAUGUUCCUCUUCUCAUCGCAGUACCAGGAUGUGGCAUCUCUGAGCUGCCUGCCUCGCUACACUGGUGGCCAGACCUACUUCUACCCUGGCUGGAAUGCUGCACGCAGCGAGGAUGCUAUCAAGUUCGCUCGUGAGUUCUCCGACUAUCUAUCUUCGGAGAUUGGCCUGGAGGCCGUUCUCCGUGUACGCGCAACCACUGGUCUGCGCAUGAGCACCUUCUACGGCAACUUUUUCAACCGUAGCUCCGAUCUUUGCGCCUUCCCCGCCUUCCCUCGUGACCAGGCCUACGUGGUUGAGGUGGCCAUUGAUGAGACUGUCACCAAGCCGGUCGUCUGCAUGCAAGCGGCCGUCCUUCACACUACAUGCAACGGCGAGCGUCGUAUCCGUGUCUUAACCCUGGCUUUGCCCACGACCCAGAACCUGGCAGAUAUCUAUGCCUCGGCCGAUCAGCAGGCCAUUGCCACAUUCUUCAGCCACAAGGCUGUCGAGCGCACAUUGAGCAGCGGUCUUGAGCCCGCUCGUGAAGCUCUCCAAGCUAAGAUUGUCGAACUGCUCCAGACCUACCGCAAGGAGCUUGCUGGUGGCAGCGUCAGCGGUGGUGGCCUUCAGUUCCCUGCCAACCUGCGGGCCUUGCCUGUACUUUUCCUCGCGAUGAUGAAGAACCUUGGUCUUCGCAAGUCUGCCCAGAUUCCCACGGAUAUGCGGUCCGCGGCGCUCUGCCUCCUGUCGACACUGCCCCUGCCGCUCCUCAUCCAAUACAUUUACCCGAAGAUGUACUCACUCCAUGAUAUGCCCGACAAUGCAGGUGUGCCUGACGGACAGACCGGCGAGAUCCUCUUGCCCCCUCCCGUCAACUUGUCUUCUAGCCGCCUCGUGCCCUACGGCCUGUACCUCAUCGAUGACGGUCAGACUCAGUUCCUCUGGGUUGGCCGGGACGCUGUUCCCCAGCUUAUCGAGGAUGUAUUCGGCGUCCCUGACAAGACGCAAUUGCGCGUGGGCAAGCAGACUCUUCCCGAAGUCGAUAAUGAGUUCAGUCAGCGUGUGCGCGCGGUGAUCGAGAAGAGCCGGGAUCACCGGGCCAAGGGUGUGGGCAGCAUGAUUGUGCCUCACCUAUACGUAGUUCGCGAGGAUGGCGAGCCUGGCCUGCGCCUCUGGGCUCAGACGAUGCUAGUUGAGGACCGUGCCGAUCAAAGCGUCAGCUUGGAUCAAUGGAUGGGUACCUUGCAGGAGAAGGUUUGA